AAUCACUUGUGAUAUGUAAAUAAAUAAAUAAUUAUUUUUUUCUAUUAAUUCAAUUCUUCUAUUGAUGAUGUUAUGAAAUUUUUAUCAAUGGAGGAAGUUGCAGCGGUUAGAUCUUGGAGAUCGUGGUUUGAUAGAUACUCUAGUUAAAUUGUUGUUUGGCUUAUGUUUCUUACUAUUUACUGUUUUCCUGAAAUGCCAAAUCUUCUCAAAAAUAGUAAAAUUGUGUCAAUCAGGGGACCCAUUUAAAAAAAAAAAAAAAGAAAAGAAAAGGCUUCAUUUUGAUGUGCUAUGUUGACACUUUUUUUUCCCUAAUCAAUUUCGUGUGUAUGUGUGAGCCUUCACUACCGACACUAUCCAACACUGUGCAAAACAAUUUCACUGUAUACUUGUGUGUUGGAAAACGGAACCUGGAUGUUCUUUGUGAGAGGUGUCUGUAGUUUUCAAUGGACCGGCGGUGGCCAUGGAAGAAGAAAUCAUCUGACAAGGCUGUGCUUGAGAAAGCAGCAGCAGCAUUGGACUCUGCUAGUGCAUCAUCUGAGGCUAAUCAGGAGAGCUACAAGAAGCCAAACUAUGUCCAAAUCUCCGUAGAGUCGUACACGCAUCUGACUGGUUUAGAAGAUCAAGUGAAGACAUGUGAAGAAAAAAUUGAGACAUUGGAGGAUGAGAUCAAAGACUUGAAUGAAAAGCUGUCAGCGGCGAACUCGGAGAUAAAUACCAAGGAGAGCUUGGUAAAACAGCAUGCUAAAGUAGCCGAAGAAGCUGUUUCAGGCUGGGAAAAGGCUGAAGCCGAAGCUUUGGCAUUGAAGAACCAUCUGGAAACCGUCACUCUCUCAAAACUCACUGCUGAGGACCAUGCAUCACAAUUGGAUGGUGCUCUUAAGGAGUGCAUGCGGCAGAUAAGAAACCUGAAGGAAGAACAUGAACAGAAAAUACAGGAAGUCGCUCUCACAAAAACCAAGCAACUUGACAAGAUUAAGGGUGAGCUUGAGGCAAAGAUAGCCAGCUUUGAACAAGAACUCCUGAGGUCCGCUGCUGAAAAUGCGGCUUUGUCAAGAACCCUGCAGGAGCGUUCUAACAUGAUAAUCCAAUUGAGCGAAGAAAAAGCUAAUGCUGAGGCUGAAAUUGAGCAUCUUAAGGGCAACAUAGAAUCAUGCGAAAGAGAAAUCAGUUCUCUUAAGUAUGAAAUCCAUGUCAUUUCCAAAGAGCUCGAGAUUCGCAAUGAAGAAAAGAACAUGAGUAUGAGAUCAGCAGAAGUUGCUAAUAAGCAGCACCUGGAGGGUGUUAAAAAAAUUACUAAAUUGGAGGCAGAAUGCCAAAGACUACGUGGUCUUGUGCGGAAGAAGUUACCUGGACCAGCUGCUCUUGCACAAAUGAAACUAGAGGUUGAGAAUCUUGGUAGAGAUUAUGGAGAAAGUCGAUUAAGGAAGUCUCCCGUCAAACCUGCUAGUCUUCAUAUGCCUCCUGUGCCCGAAUUCUCCCUUGAGAAUGUACAGAAAUUCCAGAAGGAUAACGAAUUCCUUACGGAGCGCUUAUUGACAAUGGAAGAAGAGACAAAGAUGCUCAAAGAAGCUUUGGCAAAACGUAACAGUGAAUUGCAGGCCUCAAGGAGUAUGUGUGCUAAAACACUAAGCAAACUUCAAUUAUUGGAAGCGCAAAGUAAUCAACAAAAAGGAUCUCCAAAAUCUACCAUCCAUAUAACCCCUGAAAACAUUUACGGGCGCAAUGCAAGCUAUGCACCGAGUUUGAUCUCCAUGUCUGAAGAUGGAAUCGAUGAUGCUGCAAGUUGUGCUGAAUCUUGGUCUACAGCGGUAAUAUCCGAGCUAUCCCAAUUCCCAAAAGAGAAGAGCACUGAUGAGUUUAGCAAAUCUGAAGCCUGUAAGAAAUUGGAGCUAAUGGAUGACUUUUUGGAGGUGGAGAAGCUGGCUCGGUUAUCAAAUGACUCUAACGUAGAUGCCACAGUUUCAGUUCCUUCAAUUGAUAAGACGACUGAAGUUAUGACUAAUGAUGUGUCAGAAGUCAGUACCGGUAAAGAUGAUACCUCGGAAAAUAAGAGUGGCUCAACUCCAUCACCAAAUGAAGUAUCUUCUGAUGCAGUGUUGCCAGAACCUGAUCCAAAGUCUAAUGUUGAUGGUUUGUUGUUUGCAGAGGUCCAAUCAAAAAUAUUAUCUAUUUUUGAGUCCAUGUCAAAUGAUGCUGAUAUAGCGAAGAUCCUGGAAGAAGUUAAACGUGUUCUUGAAGAUGCACCCAACACUUCAGUCCGGGACCCUGAAGCUGUUAUCUCUGAGGAUGUUAAGCCUUCUGAGACUCCAUGUGAGAAGCAGGAUAAUCAUGAAGAUGCUGGCUCAAGUACCCAAAAAGAACUCAUUUCGUCUGAGCAACCUACAGAGUAUGAGCAGAUAAGCUCAGAUUUAGAGGCUGCCUUCUCUCAGAUUCAUGAUUUUGUCUUGCUUCUAGGCAGAGAAGCUACGACGGUUCAUGAGAUAUCUUCCGAUGAAGAUGGAAUAAGCAGAAAGCUGGAGGAGUUCUCCGCCACCUUUAAUAAAGUUACAAGCAAUAAAGCAACCUUGCCACAGUUUGUUCUUGAUCUGUCUUAUGUUUUAGCUAAAGCAAGUGAAUUCAGAAUCAAUAUCCUUGGUUACAAGGGUACAGAAGCUGAAACUAACAGUCCUGAUUGUAUAGAUAAGAUUGCUUUGCCGGAAAAUAUGUUAGUUCAGAAUGAUUCGAAAGGAGAGAGAUAUCAGAAUGGUCAUUCCGAUAUUCUUAAUCCCUGUUCUGAUCCUGAGGUCCCUGAUGACGGAAAUCCGAUUUCAGGUUAUGAAUCGAAUGUUGCAGCACAAAAGAUCACGAUUGAGGAAUUUGAAGAACUGAAGUCAGAGAAAGAGAAGGUUGUAGCAGAUCUAUCAAAAUGUGUUGAAAGUCUUGAAACCACAAAAUCUCAAUUGCAAGAGACAGAGCAACUUCUAGCUGAAGUUAAGUCACAACUGACUUCUGCUCAAAGAUCAAACAGCUUGGCGGAGACACAACUGAAAUGUAUGGCAGAGUCGUACAGGUCACUUGAAGCACGUGCCCAGGAAUUUGAAACCGAACUAAAUCAUCUGCGUGCAAAGAUGGAAACUCUGGAAAAUGAACUGAGAGAGGAAAAGAAGGGUCAUGAAGCAGCUUUGGCCAAGUCCAAGGAGCUAGAGGAGCAAUUACAAAGGAGUGAAAGCGCAGCUGCUGAUAAUGAACUUAAGAACAAGCAGGAGAGAGAGUUGGCUGCUGCUGCUGAAAAGCUAGCUGAGUGUCAAGAAACCAUAUUUCUUCUUGGCAAACAAUUGAAGUCUUUGCACCCUCAAAUGGAGCCACCAAUGGUGUCUCCAUACAAUGAGAGAAGUCAAAAGGUUGAAGGCUACACAGAGCAUAAUGGUCAUGCUCCUCAUAGCCCAAAUAUUCAAGAUCAUGCUGAAAUGGACACUGCUAAUUCUGGUUUUGUGCAAAGACAAGGUGCUGAGUCCCCUUUGCAUUACACCAAUUCUUUAUAUAGCCCCUCAGAUAAUGAGUCAAACUUCCAAUCUAUGCAAUCAAACCACAGGCCUACAAAAUCAGCAUCUUCUUCUUCAGCCUCCUCAACUACUACACCAGAGAAACAUGCAAGGGGUUUUAGUAGAUUCUUCUCAUCAAAAGGAAAAAAUGGUCAUUGAGCCUCUUGAAGAUUCUGCAGUACUUAUGAUGUUUCAUCAUAUACUACCUCCGUCCCUAAUAACCGUCAGCGACGGUUAACGAUGGGCCGAUGGAGAAUAUAUGAAGGAAAACAUGGUGUGGCAUUGCUCCUUCAUGAUUUAGCAGUCUUUUUGGUGAUUUGUGUAGUUACAAAGAAGGAGGAGGAGGAGGAGGAGGAGGAUGGUCAUGAAUGUGAGGGUGAUUCUUGUAUGUAAUGGUGGUGUUGUACAUGGUAACCAUAUGUUUUUCUUCUUUUCAUUGUUCAUUUCCCCCUUUUUUAUUUUUAUUUUUUUUUUCUCUGUUAUGUAAUUGAAUUAGCAAAACAUUGACAUAGUCUCUGAAUAUUACAGGAUAUGAUGUUUAAUA